UCAUCAGUCACAGCAGACAGUGUAAGCUUCUUUCACCAUUAUCUUUUGACAACAUGUGCAAACUCACUCUAUCUGCAGGUCUCUGUUUGAUCAUCGCCAGCUUGGCCUCAUCCUCCAGGCUGGUGUGUUACUAUAACAGCUUGGCUGAAGACAGAGCAGCGUACGGGAAGGUCACCAUUUCAGAUAUCGAUCCAAACCAGUGCACCCAUCUGAUCUACGCCUUUUCUGACAUCAACAACAAUGAGCUGGUCACUGCGAGCACUACAAGUAGCAUAGACUAUCAGGCCUUCAAUGGACUCAAAACCAGAAAUCCACAACUCAAAACCCUGUUGGCAGUGGGUGGCUUGAUCUUCAACAUACAAAAGUUCAGUACGAUGGUGGCACAGCAACCAAACAGAGCCACAUUCAUCCAGUCUGUAAUCACAGUACUAAGAGCAAAUGGGUUUGAUGGGCUAAACCUUGACUGGAGGUACCCCGGAGGACCAGGAAGCCAACCCCAGGACAAGCAUGGAUUCACACUGCUGUGCACGGAGCUCAAAAAGGCCUUCGUUGAUGAGGGAACAGCAACAAAUUGUGAAAGAUUAAUCCUCACUGCCAGUGUCUCUGCGGAGAAACCAAUCAUUGAUGCCAGUUAUGAAAUUGCACAGAUUGCCACGCAGCUGGAUUUCAUCAAUGUGCUGACAUUUGACUUUCAUGAAACCCGGGAAACUGUCACAGGACAUCACAGCCCCUUAUUCCAGGGAUCCAAAGACAUUGGAAACAAAACCGUCUUUAACACUGACUUUGCCAUGCGCUACUGGCGGGACCAGGGAGUCCCUACAGACAAGCUAAACUUAGGGUUAGCAGCAUUCGGCCGAGCUUUUAACCUCUCCACUACUUCCAGUGACGUUGGAGCACCAGCCAGUGGUCCUGGUGAGGAAGGCUGCUACACCGGGGAACAAGGACUCUGGUCCGCUUAUGAGACUUGUCUUUAUAUUGAAGGGGUUCCAAUCAACCUGAUCACUGAUCAGAAAGUUCCAUAUGCCACCACAGAUAAUCAGUGGGUUGGAUUUGACAACAAAGACAGCCUUGACGCUAAGGUCAAUUACCUAAAAAAUAACAACUUUGGGGGAGCUUUUGUCUGGUCUCUGGACUUGGAUGACAUUACGGGGCAAUUCUGUAAAACUGGCAUCAAUCCCUUCAUCAGUCACCUGCACACUCUCCUGGUUCCAGGUUUUCCUGGACCUACAAAUACAACUUCCCCUCCCACAACUACAUCUCCACUUACUACACCUAACACUACAACUCCACCUACCACAACGACAUCUUCCCCUACCACAACUACAAUUUCACCUACCACAACUAUAUCUCCACCUACUACAGCUACAACUCCACCUACCACAACUACAUCUUCCCCUACCACAACUACAACUCCACCUACUACAGCUACAACUCCACCUACCACAACUACAUCUUCCCCUAUCACAACUACAAAACCCCCUAUACAGCUAAAACUCCCCUACCACAAACAACCAACUCCACCUACCACAACGACAACCUCCCUACCACGACCCACAACUCCACCACCACAAAAAACAACUCCACCUACCACAAAAUACAACUCCACCUACCACAACUACAUCUUCCCCUACCACAACUACAACUCCACCUACUACAGCUACAACUCCACUUACCACCACAACAACUCCACCUACCACAACUACAACUCUCCCUACCACAACUACAACUCCACCUACCACAACAACAACUCCACCUACCACAACUACAACUCCACCUACCACAACUACAACUCUCCCUACCACAACUCCACCUACUACAACCACAACUCCACCUACUACAAAACCACAACUCCCCCUACCACAACUACAACUCCCCCAACCCAACUACAUCUCUCCCAACCACAACUACAUCUCCCCCUACCACAACUACAAACUCCCCCUACCAAACUCAACUCCCCCAACCACAACCACAUCUCCCCUACCACAACUACAACUCCCCCCACAAUCCCAACUAACUCCCCCAACCACAACCCCCCUACCACAACUCCUCCUACCACAAUUCAACCCCCCAACCACAACUCCCCCUACCACAACUACAACUUUCCCCCUAAAACAACCACACUCCCCUACCACCAUCACAACUCCCUCAACCACAACCCCCAUCUCCCCCUACCACAACUACCCACCCCCCCCUACCACAACAACAACUCCCCCUACAAAAACCACAACUCCCCCUACCACAACCCCUCCCCAACCACAACUCCCCCUACCACAACCACAACUCCCCCUACCCACAACUACAACUCCACCUACUACAACUCCCCCUACCACAACUACAACUCCCCCUACCACAACAACAACUCCCCCUACCACAACUACCACAACUCCACCUACCACAACUACAACUCCCCCUACCACAACUACAACUCCACCUACUACAACUCCCCCUACCACAACUACAACUCUCCGUACCACAACCCAUCUCCCCCCCUACCACAACUACCCAUAACUCUACCUACCACAACCACCAUCUCCCCUACCCACAACUACCAGAACUCUCCCUACCUCAACCUACAACUCCCCCUACCACAACUACCACUCCACCACUAA